AUGGCGAAGUCUAGUGCCACCAUUGCCGGAGUGAAGGUCGACACCAUCCGCCUCCUCCUCCGGGCGAUCAUCUUCAUAUCAAUUGCCGGGGCGGCAGUGCUGCUGCGGUUGUUCUCGGUGAUCCGCUUCGAGCUGAUCAUCCACGAGUUCGACCCCUGGUUCAACUUCCGCGCCACCAAGUACUUGGUCACCCACUCCUUCUACGAGUUCCUCAAUUGGUUCGAUGACCGCACCUGGUACCCGCUCGGGCGGGUCACUGGGGGGACGCUCUACCCGGGGCUCAUGGUGACCCUGGGCGCCAUCUGGCACGCGUUGCGCAACUGGUUUGCCCUCCCCAUCGAUAUCCGUAACAUCUGCGUGAUGUUAGCCCCCGCUUUCUCCGGUUUGACUGCCAUUUUCACCUACUUGUUCACUAAGGAGAUGAAGGACUCUAACGCUGGUUUGCUCGCCGCUAUCUUUAUGGGCAUUGCCCCUGGUUACAUUUCGCGGUCGGUAGCCGGUUCCUACGAUAACGAAGCCAUCGCCAUCACUUUAUUGAUGGCGACGUUCUACUUCUGGAUCAAAGCGCUUAAGCUUGGUUCCAUCCUCUACGGGACGAUCACCGCGUUAUUCUACUUCUACAUGGUAUCGGCAUGGGGUGGUUACGUGUUCAUCACUAACCUCAUUCCCUUACACGUGUUUGUCCUCAUCUUGAUGGGCAGAUACACGUGGAAGGUGUACUCGGCCUAUACCACCUGGUACGCCCUCGGGACGUUGGCGUCGAUGCAGAUCCCCUUCGUCGGGUUCUUGCCUAUCCGCUCCAACGACCACAUGGCGGCAUUCGGCGUGUUUGGCCUCGUGCAAUUAGUGGCGUUUGGCGACUACGUGCGGUCGAACAUCAACACCAAGCAGUUCAAGACGUUCUUGACGGUAUCGGUAGUGGCUGUUGUCUUGAUGGGGAUCUUAGGGUUGGUGGCCCUCACCGCCGCUGGCCUCAUCGCCCCCUGGACCGGUCGUUUCUACUCGUUGUGGGACACCAACUACGCCAAGAUCCACAUCCCCAUUAUCGCGUCGGUGUCGGAACACCAGCCCACAGCGUGGCCGGCGUUCUUCUUUGACACCUCGAUGCUCAUCUGGUUGUUCCCCGCUGGUCUCUACUUGUGCUUCCAGGAACUUAAGGACGAACACGUGUUUGUCAUCAUCUACGGGGUGUUGUGCUCGUACUUCGCCGGGGUGAUGGUGCGGUUGAUGUUGACGUUGACCCCCGUGAUCUGCGUGUCGGCUGCUAUCGCUCUUUCCAAGUUGUUUGACGUGUACUUGAACGUGGUCGAACUUUUCACUGAGGAAGUGGAAGUCGAAGAAAAGUCGUCAAAGAAAACUACUAAGCAACGUGGGUUCCCAUUGUUCCUGUUAUUGGCUAAGGCGGUGGUGCUUUUGUCGUUUGGCUUUUACUUGUUCUACUUCGUGUUGCACUGCACCUGGGUCACCUCCAACGCCUACUCGUCGCCGUCGGUGGUGCUUGCGCUGAGAAAUCCCGAUGGCUCUCAACAAAUCAUCGAUGACUACCGUGAAGCCUACUACUGGCUCCGCAUGAACACCCCUGAAGACGCUAAAGUGAUGGCGUGGUGGGAUUACGGGUACCAGAUCGGGGGGAUGGCCGACCGUACCACUUUGGUCGACAACAACACCUGGAACAACACCCACAUUGCCACCGUGGGUAAGGCAAUGUGCUCCAGUGAAGAAAAGGCCUACGAGAUUUUGCGCCAGCACGACGUCGACUACGUGUUGGUGAUUUUCGGCGGGCUUUUGGGCUACUCAGGGGACGACAUGAACAAGUUCCUCUGGAUGGUGAGAAUCUCCGAGGGUAUCUGGCCUGAGGAAGUGAGCGAGCGGUCGUUCUUCUCGCAAAGAGGGGAAUAUAAGGUUGACGGCGAGGCGUCGCCGACGAUGAAGGAUUCGCUUAUGUACAAGAUGUCGUACUACCGCUUCAAUGAGUUAUUUGGCGGCGACGGCACCGAUAGAGUGCGGGGCCAAACUAUCCCCGCUAAGAACGCCCCCGAAUUGUCGACUUUGGAAGAGGCAUUCACCUCGCAAAACUGGAUCGUGAGAAUCUACAAGGUGAAGGACUUGGACAACGUCGGGCGUGACUUGAAGCAGGCGGCGGCGUUUGAGCUGGGCAAGAAGCUGGCGAAGAAGCGCGGCGUUAAGCGGCCCAAUCUCGAUAUCCGUUUGGAUUAUUAA